AAGUCCGACCCAUCCCCUACCCCGGAGAGCGAGACCCCGCCCCAUCCCCAACUGGCCGAGUCGCGCCAGGAGACGAAGCGGAAGGCCCGCGUACCCACAGACGACUCAGGCAAGGGACGCGCGGCGUCAUGGCCGCCGACAGUGACGAUGGCGCAGCUUCAGCUCCAGCGGCCUCCGACGGUGGUAUCAGCAAAAGCACAAAAUCUGGGGAAGAGCUAGUAGUCCAGGUUCCUGUGGUGGAUGUGCAAAGCGACAACUUCAAGGAGAUGUGGCCAUCCCUCCUGCUGGCCAUAAAAACAUCUAGCUUCGUAGCUGUGGACACGGAACUGAGUGGGCUUGGGGACAGGAAGAGUUUGCUGAAUCAGUGCAUCGAGGAACGUUACAAGGCCGUGUGUCAUGCUGCCAGGACCCGCUCUAUCCUCUCCCUGGGCCUUGCCUGCUUCAAGCAGCAGCCAGACAAGGGUGAAUACUACUACCUAGCCCAAGUGUUCAAUCUCACCUUGCUGUGCAUGGAGGAGUAUGUCAUAGAACCAAAAUCUGUGCAGUUCCUGGUACAGCAUGGCUUCGACUUCAACAGGCAGUAUGCCCAGGGCAUUCCCUACCAUAAGGGCAAUGACAAGGGUGAUGAGAGCCAGAGCCAGUCAGUGCGGACACUGUUCCUGGAACUAAUCCGGGCCCGCCGGCCCCUGGUGCUACACAAUGGCCUUAUAGAUUUGGUGUUCGUGUACCAGAACUUCUAUGCACACCUGCCUGAGAGCCUGGGAACCUUCACUGCUGACCUGUGUGAGAUGUUCCCAGCAGGCAUUUAUGACACCAAAUAUGCUGCUGAGUUUCAUGCCCGCUUCGUGGCCUCCUACUUAGAAUACGCCUUCCGGAAAUGUGAGCGAGAGAAUGAAAAGCAGCGGGCAGCUGGCAGCCGACACCUUACCCUGGAGUUCUGCAGCUAUCCUUCUAGUAUGAAGGCCCAUAUUGACUACCGCUGCUGCAUGCCCCCUGCAACCCACCGUUCUCAUCCCACCAGUGUCUGUGACAACUUCUCGGCCUAUGGCUGGUGCCCCCAGGGACCACAGUGUCCUCGGUCCCACGACAUCGAUCUUAUCAUCGAUACAGAUGAGGCUGUGAUGGAGGACAAGCGGCGACGGCGACGACGUAAGGAAAAACGGAGGAGGGCUUUGUUGAGCCUGGCUGGGACACAGACCUCUGGGGAAACUGAGGGUGGUCCUCCCACGAAGCAGGUCUGUGGGGAUAGCCUCAAGGCUGAGGAAAUUGAGCAGAAGGUGGCUGUGGAUGAAACUAGGAACCAAUCUCACUCUGAGGAAGUUCUUGCUCACUUGGAGAUGGGGCUUCAGGCAACAAGGUCUGAAACAGCUGACGUGGCUAUCUCGGAAGUGCCAGGGAGUCAAGCCAGUUCUAACCCAGUGCCUGGGGAUGGAUUGCACCGGGCUGGAUUUGAUGCCUUUAUGACAGGUUAUGUGAUGGCCUAUGUGGGAGUGAGCCAGGGACCCCAGCCCUGCAGCUCUGGACCCUGGCUACCUGAAUGUCACAACAAGGUAUAUCUGAGUGGCAAAGCUGUACCCCUCACGGUGGCCAAGAGCCAGUUCUCUCGUUCCUCCAAAGCCCACAACCAGAAGAUGAAGCUGGUUUGGGGCAGUAGCUGACCCAGCUUCUACCUAGCAAUCAAAGUCCAGGAAGACAAGCUGAGGGAACAGAGAUAUUUGGGUCCCUCUAUGCUGUAAAUGUCAUACUCUCAACUGCUGCAGAGUUUUGGAUGUUUUGGGGAAGAGAGGCACUACUGGCAGAGAAACUACUGCGUUGCCCCUGGACCUUUUCCUUUACCCCUGAGGCUGGGGUACAAAGGUACAAGUAAGAAGGCUGACCAGCCCCUGUAACUCCGACUUUAUUUUUAGAUUUGAGUGUCUUGGGAAAGUUUUACAAAAAAAUCAACAGAAACAAGUUAUGAAAAUAUUUGA